UCGAAGGAGACGGACGCCGUCUGCUUUGUUGGGACCAUCGAUGCUGUGUGUUUUCGGCUAGUGAGCUGUCUGUUGUGGGAGAUUACGGCGCUAUUCGUAGUGUUUGCUACCCGGCACGCAUAGUAAAUGUAUUAAAGUUCGCAUACGGUGCUGGUUUUAUCGUGCGGACGCUUUAGGAGACAAAAGUGGAGCUCUCCUGUACGUAAACAAACGCAGCUAGCUACUUUUUAAGGUGGCACCGUAGGACAGCUGCAACAGCCAAACUCGACCUAUUUCCGUUUAAGUUGGCUGACUUCGCCUUGAAACACUGCCUGCGAUGGAAACCACCAUACAUCUGUGUUAGGAGGUAAUCUCCAAAAUCUAUGCGUUCGAACAUGAGAGAAGAGGACAGUUUGUUGUCUGGAAGGCAGCCCAUGGCCAGUGGAAGAGGGGGUGAACAUCCCUGCUGCUGCCGCUACUUGACAGAGGAGAAAGGAGCACUUGCUAACAAGAAGAAGCUCGACCUGAGGCCUCCUGGUCAUCUGUCCAAGUCUAAGUAGUGCUAAGUCAGACUUUGGCUCAUUAUGGAGACGGUGGGGAAAUUUGAGUUCAGUCGGAAGGACUUGAUCGGACAUGGCGCAUUUGCUGUGGUUUUCAAAGGCAGACACCGAGAGAAACAUGACUGGGAGGUGGCUGUAAAAUGCAUAAACAAGAAAAACCUGGCCAAAUCCCAGACACUGUUGGGUAAAGAGAUCAAAAUACUUAAGGAACUAAAACAUGAGAACAUUGUUGCAUUACUGGACUUUCAGGAAACUGCCAGCUCAGUGUACCUGGUGAUGGAGUACUGCAAUGGUGGCGACCUUGCUGACUACUUACACUCCAAAGGCACACUGAGUGAGGACACCAUUCGAGUUUUCCUGCAGCAGAUUGCAGGGGCCAUGAGGGUCCUUCAGGCCAAAGGCAUAAUCCACAGGGACCUGAAACCUCAGAACAUUCUGCUGUCUUACCCACCAGGACGCAAGUCGCACUCAAACAACACCUGCAUCAAAAUUGCCGACUUUGGCUUUGCCAGGUACCUUCAGAACAAUAUGAUGGCGGCAACACUUUGUGGGUCUCCUAUGUACAUGGCUCCCGAAGUCAUUAUGUCCCAAAACUAUGAUGCCAAGGCCGACUUGUGGAGCAUAGGAACCAUAGUGUUUCAGUGCUUGACUGGGAAAGCUCCUUUCCAGGCCAGCAGUCCACAGGAUCUCCGGCUGUUCUAUGAAAAAAAUAAGAAUCUCAGCCCCAACAUCCCCAGAGAGACGUCCUGUCAUUUGAGGCACCUGCUGCUGGGUCUGCUGCAGCGCAACCACAAGGACCGUAUGGACUUUGAUGAGUUUUUUUGUCAUCCUUUCCUGGAGGCCAGCUCAUCCAUGAAAAAGACAACUCCAACUGUAACGAUGACCUGUUUCCCAAGUUCUGCAUCAGCCAGCUCCUGUAGCAGCUCCUCCACCUCUCACCUUGCAUCUCCACCGCAGUCUCUUGCUGAGGUUCAGCAUUUGCGUGCCAAAGCUCUGGCCUCCCCUACCCAGGAGGCCACUGGUUUUCUCCUCAAGGACUCAUCAGGAGGGGGCGGCAGCAGCAAGAACUCCUCCUCUUGUGACACAGAUGACUUUGUUAUGGUGCCUGCUCACUUCACCACAGGUGAGCUGACAUGUGAGAGUAAAGUGCUGCAGGACAGCCUCAUGAACAGCGGUUCUCUUCUAGCCUCUGCUGGCCUGUGUAGUCAAGCCAAAACACCACCACACUCACCAUCGUACAGCGGGUCUCCAAGUCCUACCAGGCCCAGUGAGUUCUCGGGAAGUAGCUAUGGAAACCACGGUCACUCACUUCCUAUCCCAGUCCCUACUCAGGUCCUGAACUACCAGCGUAUGGAGCAGAACCUCCAGUGUGUCAAACAAGAUGGCUCGCCACGGGUGUCAACACCAGUGCGGCGGUGCAGCAGUGGUAGCUCGUUAGGCUUUGCUCGGCCUGGACCUUCACCUCCCUACGGGCAGGGAGCAGUCACUACUACCCGCAGGCUCUCCCUAGGAGGUGCGAGACCUUUCCAGCUCUCCCCUCAAGCUCCUCAUCACACUGAACUACGGCCAACCUCUCAACAGCAAACAGGACUGGGCACACGGCUCCACAGUGCCCCCUGUCUGUUGGAGUGUGCCAGUGGCACUGGCAGGCAGAAAAUCAGAAAGCAGCACUCAGACCCGGUGGUGGCCCCUUCAGCGGGUCUGAUGACCAUCCGACCUCUUCACUCUUCUCCCAGACUCAGUGAGCUGAUGCAGCGCAGCCCCCUCCCCACCAUCCUGGGCUCUCCUUCCAGGACUAUCCCUCCUUUUGAGUUCCCCAAGCCUCCCAGCUCUCCAAACCUUGUGACGUUCCUGGCACAGCAGGGUUUGGUCAUCGGCUCACCUUGUAGCAGGACCGCCCCGCCAGAAUCCAGAGACCCAGGCCAGCAGCCCGCUCACUGCAUCCACAGACUGAAUGAUGAUACAAAGGGUUUUGGAAGGUCUCAGAGUGCUGGUCGCCUGUCUGACAUGCUGCUGAUGGCUGCGUUUGGCCCGGGUGCACCUGCAGGCGAUAGAGGCAGCACAGAGAACCUCACCUCUGAAAAAGCCAUAGACAUAACAGUGCCCCCAGGCAGCGGGGGAGGCUUUGCCCCUGGCUCCUGCAGCCCAGCGCAAGUGGUUUUUACAGUGGGCUCUCCUCCCACUGGCAGCACCCCACCUCAUACCUCCCGACAGAGAAAAUACUCAGGCUCAUUCACUUCAGUCAGCCCAGCAGGCUCCUUCACCAGCCGCUACCAGACCGGCACCUAUCUGGAUGGCUUUGAGGCUCCCUCUAGCCCUCGCUACAGUUUCACAGAUCCCAUCUCAGCCAACAUGGGGGGUCCUGUAACCUUUGAGGCUCCUGAGCUCCCUGAGGAGACACUAAUGGAGCAGGAGCAUACAGACACUGUGCAAAGCCUGCGUUUCACACUGGAUUUCGCCCGCUGUCUGAUGGAGGUUGCUGGAGCUCGUGGGUCUGUGGUGGUGGGAGAGCUGGCCGACACCUCUCAUCCCUCCCUCCUUCAGCAGCAGAGCCUGGUAGCAGAUCAGAUAAGCUCGCUGAGCAGAGAGUGGAGUUAUGCAGAACAGCUGGUUCUCUACCUUAAGACUGCAGACCUUUUGUCGACUGCCUUACACACAGCCAUGGAGCGAGUUAAACAGGGCAAACUCUAUCCAUCUGCAACAGUCAAACAAGUUGUGAGGAGGCUGAACGAGCUGUACAAGGCCAGCGUGGCAUCAUGUCGCUCACUCAGCACCCGUCUGGAGCACUUCUUUUCCAGGAAGCAUCGUCUAAUGGACCAAAUCACCUCCAUCACAGCUGAGCGGCUGCUGUUCAGCCACACUGUGCAGAUGGUUCAAACUGCUGCACUGGAUGAAAUGUUCCACCAGGGGGAAGCAUCAGCCCUGCGCUACCAUAAAGCUCUUCUGCUGAUGGAGGGCUUAUCUCUGCUGCUCACAGAACAGGAUGACAUCCUCAGUGUUAGCAAAUGUAAGGAGUGCAUUGAACGUCGACUCACAGCUUUACAGUCAGGACUCUGUGUUUGAGAGUGACCCGUAUGACUCCGCCUCCUGGAGCGUGGAUAUGAUGUCAGUCAUUUGCACCCUGCACAUAACAAACAUACCAAAUCUCCACCCACACCUCAUGGUUAUCAGUAGAAAUGCUUUCGUUUUGAUUUCGUAAAAGUUCCAGGGUCUGUGCUCUCUGGAUGGCUUGCAGUUCAUCUCAAGUUUUGGACAGUCGCAGUGACUUCCCCAACACUAAACAUGGACCAGUGUUGGGCAUGAAGCACUAAUGCUGUAGAAGAAUGUCUGCAUUCAGGUCUGUGUGAGAGGACUUUGCUCUUGGCACCAAAAGUUGUAUUUUUUGCCAAGGAGAAGAUUCCGCCUCAGUAGGGAUAACACAAACAGGAGCAAAUAUUGCCAAGUAGUCACAUACCCACAUACAGUACUUAUCUAAACAAACAGAAAGUCUUUUAUAGGCUGCAAAUAUACAUGCUACAGAUUUGCUCUAGGCAACUCAAUAGACAAAAUGUUAUCUUUUACCAUGAUCAGUAGCUGGAGAGAAUGUACUGUAUGCUGAUUACAUUCUCAUCAAAUGUUUGUUUUUCUUACCACUUGUUGCUUUCCUCUGUCUGUUUUUACUGAUUUAAAUCUACUUGCUCAGUUAAAGGGAAAUAUAUCUAUCCCAUUUGUUCAUUGGUAGGUGACUGCAAGCUUUUUAUAAGCACUGACAUAAAACUGUUGCCAAAAUGACCAAAAAAAAAAAGCUUUUGUUUUUGUUUUGUGUUAUGUUUUUAUAUUAGGUUUGAUGAUAAAUGCUGGUCUGGAAGGAAAUCCAGAACAUGUGUCUCUGUGUUUGACACUUUACUUACUCUAUACUUCCUUUUAAUUUUAAUUUAACUCCCCUCAUCAAAACAAUUCAAUGGAGGUUUUGCAUUCAAUCUGGAGCUACUAAAGUGUAAAUGUAGCUUUUAAUUCAAGGACUGAUGUUUUUUCUCUUACCAUCUGUGUCACAAUCCUUUUAAGAUGCUGCAAUGACCAGGGAUCUGUUUUCCAAGUAUACAGAGGUUUAGGUGCUGCUGUCGCUGGUAAUCUCUCCACAAAUUUCCAUUUUAUGUCUUUUUGUGUUUGUUUUAUCCGACAUGUUGGAGUUGAGCAAGUAUAAUCAAAUUUGAAUGUAAGGCUGACAGGAGAAAAGCAGCAGAAACAUUGGCCUAAAUGUUAGUAAUGCAACAUUUAGACUGAUCCCAGAGCUAAUGUCUGAAUGUUUUUGCACUGUUCAAGUACUGUAUAGGAUGAUGUUGAGUGCAACAUGCUAAACAUGUUAGAGAGAUUUUAAGAUUUAUACUUUGAUACAUUUUAGUGCAGUUUUAGUUGUACUAUAGUUGCUGUUUAAAGGUAAUGUUAGAAAAGAGACCGCUGAUAAGGAGAUGGUAUAAGCUAUGUUGUUUCAUUUCAGAGUAGGAAGUGGGUGACAAUUUUGAAACGUGAUGUGUUGAUUUGGAGUGCUGAUUGUUCUAUUUUUGUCUGAAACAUUAUGUGUAGUCUUGAUAUUGACCUUAGCCAUAAAUUCCAAUAGGAUCCCUUUACUCCUCUAGAUUAUGAGCCAACAGGAAAAGGGUCAAAUUUUGUUCAGAUGGCUUUCAAAGAGAGGUGUGUGUGCAUGCAUGCAUGUGUGAAGUGGUGUUGUUUGAGGUAUUAGUGAACUGUGGGGUUUGUUUAUUGGUUUGACACGAUGUGUGAGUUACUUGAUUUGGACUCCAGUUUACUCUGGGUUGGAUCCCAUCUUUACAUAUCAAACUGAAAACAUCCACUGAAAGUACUACUUUCUUUUCCCUGAGGUGUAGUCUUUCUUUGCCUUUUUAGUUGACGGAACAUGGUGGAUACGUUCCAUAUUUCUAGUAGAAAGCAUUGAUGUGUGGUAAGGCCUUGAGAUAAUUUACAGAGAAAAAGAAGCCAGUGAAGUAGCACUGUCAGCUGAAGAGAAUGAAGUGAGGCUUAUGUUUGAAGUGAAUAUUUAUCUAAUAUACUUUUGUGUAUUUGCUUUGUGGCCUUUAGUCUUUUGUCAGAUAAUUUCCUUGAAAUUGUUUUUGUGUACAUUCCUAGUAUCACCCACUGGCUCUCUGUUUGAUAUACAUACUGUUCAGUCAGUAUAUAGUUGCAAUAUCUCAUAAGAUACAGGUAGUAGAAAGUGAAGACCUCUUAACUUUAUAAAACUGAUGCAUGUGUCACUUUUUAUUGUCCCCUACAAUCAUUGCUAUCAGUUAUCCUAACGUAGGUUACCUUGAUUAGGAGUCACAAGCACCAUAAAGGUAAUUUGUGAUGCAGUUGAAUUAACUAGUGUAAUGUUCGCGCUGGGAUGCUAUAAGAAACUGAGUGGCAUUGCCCUCUGACACCUUGCUAAAGUGUCCUUUAACAAGAUACUGAAUUCCCAUCAGCUCCAGGGCUGUGGGACCAACUAAAGACAAAAUGAAGUCAAAUCCCCAUAAAGAUUCAGCCAACCAUAUAUGCACUCCCACAAUAAUCUGUCAUUGAUUUAUUUGUAUUUCUAUGUUUGCCAAGAACAUACCUGAAUGUUUUCACCUUAUAUUUUCACUUUUACUAACUCUGUAUCACUUGUAAAUAUUGUAAAUUAACUUAUUGCUGUUAUUGUACAUAUGAAACUACAGGCAUGGAGAGAACCAUACUGUACCACCUAUACAUUUCCAAAGAAUUGGCCCUACGAUUUUCCUUUAUUGUCUCUUACUGUUGCAAAAGCAUUUUCAUUUUGUCACAUAUGGCAGACACACUAUUUUAAUGUCUUUGUGUGUGAUGUAACAUUUACUGUGUGAGAGUUGCAAUAAAUCAAUAAAGUCAAAGGAAAGAUCA